GUGGCUCAAAGGGUUCUGAUCGCGGACAACGUUUCCUGGCCUGGCGUUAGAAGGUUCUAACAAUGAAUCCAGGCAUGCCUGGUAUGCCCGGCAUGGGCAUGCCAAUGAUGGGAGGGGGAAUGCCGAUGAUGGGCAUGAUGCCUGGAAUGCCGGGAUCACCAGUGCCAGAUGCAGGAGCCAUCCAGGCAGAAAAGAUUAAGCAAGCAAGAUUCGAGGCUGUUGCUGCCAAAAAGCAGCAGGCAAAAUCCGCUGAAAAGGUGACCACGGUAUUUGUCGGUGGCCUGCGGAAAACGACCACAGAGGAUAAGGUUGCUGCGCACUUUGCCAAAUAUGGACAGGUGGAAAGCGUGGAUAUCAAGAGAUUGCCAGACGGAACCUCCAGAGGAUUUGCGUUUGUCAAGUUCAUAGACAAGGAUUCAGUUUCAAAAGUGAUAGAGGCCCAAGCCAGCCACAUGAUCGACAACAAGUGGGUGGCAGUGCGACCUCAUGGUGGCGCUGCUUUUCAGGCAGCACAGCAUGCUGAGCGUGCGAAGGAUUUUGUCAACAGGGAAAAGGAGAAGAAAGAACCCCAGGGCCCUGCCACACAGGACGACUAUGAAGAGAAGUGGUCGGAGAAAUAUUUGCAACAAGCGGCUUCACUCCAAGAUGAUAAGGAGAAUGACGAUGACAAAGACGACAAGGAUUCCAACCCCAUGAAUCCGAUGAUGGCUAUGAUGAUGAAUCCAAUGAUGCAAAUGAUGAUGAAUCCCAUGAUGGCAGGCAUGAACCCAAUGAUGAUGGGUGGUGCGCGGCCUAUGAUGAUGCCUGGUUGUGGCUGUGGUUGCGGGGGCUGUGGUUGCGGCUGCUGCGGCUGUGGCGGGUGUCCUGGUUGCGGUGGGUGUGGCAUGGGGCAAACGGCCCAGUCCAGCACUUCCUCUGACCCAGCACCGGGUACGUCACCAGCAGCAGAGAACGGUGCUGCAGCUGCACCGGGAGCACCUGGCUCUACGCCUUCAGGUUGCCCAGGCUGCAUGCCGGGCUGCUGCGGAGGCGGCUGCAUGCCUGGCUGUUGUGGCGGUUGCUGUGGCGGCUGCUGUGGUGGCUGUUGCAUGCCAGGCUGCGGAGGCUGCGGAGGCUGCGGUGGCUGUCCCUGUGGCGGCUGUCCUUGCGGCGGCUGCUGCGGGUGCAUGCCCUCUAUGCCAGGGAUGCCGUCCAUGCCAACCAACAUGCCCGG